CCUGGAAAUGUGCCCUGCAUCAUCUCAGCAUGAUUCACUUUGGUCUACACAUCUGGAGCAAGGUAGGCAGCUAUUGGAGUAGCAGUUUGGUAUCUGUGUCAGAACCCUCUACCAACAGGCCUCAAACUUUUAAAUUACACUUUUAAUGAACUGAAAACAGAUUUGAAAUCGAGAACCUCUGAUGGAGUUUUGUAAAGGAAAGGAAAAAAAUGUAUAUGUGCCAAUUAUCGAUCAGUCACCGUUGUAUCAAAGUGAGCAUUUUGAUACGUCUUUUUCAUGCUGACAAAUCGAGAGGGUAGUUUACCAGAUGCCCCAGGUCAAGUUGUUGGUUAAGUCUACCUCAUAUGUCAGAGGUAAGAAAGAAAGGGCAUGUGACUUAACCUCUGAUCUUUGAUAUGCUUUUCAAGUUUUUCAAAGACACAGGAAAUAAUUUCAAGUGCCAUUCUAAAAGGAAUAUAGUAGAAGAUUAGAAGUUGAAAAGUAUUAAGGAGUGGUUAUCAGAUAGGGGUCAGACUUCAGUCCCCCUUCCCCUGUGCACAGGAGUGUGGGUAAACUCACCAAACACACUUCAUCUUUGGACCAUUUCCUCACCUCAGUUUUCAAGAUGGACAUUGAAUAUCUUUUAGAUGAUUAUUUCAGUGAGCACUCCAUCGUGGCCGCACGUGCCUCUGUGAUGAUCUAUGAUGAUGCCAAUAAGAAAUGGGUUCCCAGUGGCAUGUCACAAGGCAUCUCCAAAGUCCAUAUAUACCAUCAUCCUAUCAACAAUACAUUCCGGGUGGUCGGCAGAAAGAUGCAGGACCAUGAGGUGGUUAUUAACUGUGCCAUUCUAAAAGGUCUCAAAUACAAUCAAGCCACCCCCACGUUCCAUCAAUGGCGGGACAACAGACAGGUGUAUGGCCUAAACUUUGCCAGCAAAGAAGAUGCAGAGAACUUUGCACAUGCAAUGCUCACAGCUCUAGAGACAAUGAACAGUAUACAGCGAUCACAAUACCAGGCUCCACAGGCACUACAAACACCACCCACAGCGUAUCAGCAACCUCCGUCACAGUACAUACAGAAUGGUCCAGUAGACAUGAACGAAGACAGGCUUUCUUCAGGCCCCCGAGAUGAUUUUACUAAAACACAUCAGCGAAGAACUUCUCAAGGCAAUCGAGACAUAGGCAAUUCAUAUAUGGGUGGUUACCAGCAGGACAGGGCACCCACCACUAUGGCACCACAGGCUCCCCCGGCUCCUCCAGCACCCCCGGCGCCACCCAUGGGAGGACCACCUCAACCACCACCACCAGCACCAGCCCAAACAAUGCCACCGGCAGCACCACCUGCACCCCCAGCACCACCAGCACCACCGGCACCCCCUGCACCACCAGCACCGUCUGGUGGUGGGGCACCCCCACCUCCACCCCCACCCCCUCCUCCGGGCGGAGCUGGUGGAGGAGGCGAGAAAAGUGAUGCAAAUGUUGGUGGGCUGGCUGCCGCUCUGCAAGCAGCCAAACUUAAGAAAGUCCAGAAGGCAGAGGAAGGAGGAGGAGGUGCAGGGGACCGUGUCAGCACAUUGAGUGGUGGCAGCACUGGCGGAGGAGCCAUGGACAUGAUGGCAGAAAUGAACAAAAAAUUAGCUGCUAGAAGAGCAAAGGCGGAAGGCAGACAAGUUUCAGAAGAUAAUUCCACAAGUAGCGCCAGCAGUGCACCCCCAAUACCAGCAGUUUCAUCUUCACCAAAUAUUGGGGAAAUCAAGAGAAAAAUGUCACUGAGUUCAUCAAAUGGCAAUGGUCACAAAACAGUAGAAGUGAAUGGUUCAGAGUCGCCCAAACUUGGUCGAAGGUGGUUGGCUGACAGUGUUGCUAAUGGGACGUCUAGAAGCAGUGACGAUGCAGGUAUCAGCAGCUCAAAUAUGGAAGCUUUCAAACAAGAAAUCUUGGAUGAAAUGAGGAAAGAAAUACAGAAAGCCAAACAGGAGAUAAUUGAAGCAAUAAGGCAAGAAUUGAACAGACGAUAAAUCUCUAUACACAGUGUGAUGAACAACAAGACCAUUAUACAGGUGCUGCCACAAGGAGGAAGGAGACAUCCUUUUAACAUGGCUGUAUUUUAUAGGAGCCCUCUCUUCUUGAAAGCUUCAUAUCUAUAUUAUGGGUUAUCAUUUGAAAAUAUAUGGUGAAGCAGAGGUCCUUAAAGCAGUAUCUGCUGAUAUAAAAAUGCCAGGACCAGAAGGUUUUGACCGUCAUGAAAUCUCUUUGGACUGGACUCAGUUACGUUCCCCAUGCCACUGAAGCACCCAGUUGUAAAGCCCAUUUGAAUCUUUCAUUUUACUUGUCAGAAGUUAUAAGCUGCUAAAGCUUGGGAACUUGGCAAAAAGAUUAUUAUAUCAUGUAGCUUUUCGCUGCUUUGCACUUACAUAUAUUCAAGACAUAUGGAAGAAAGAAUUUGUGAGCUUACAAGGUUUUCUGCACUUGAGGACAUCUCCAUAUUGCACCAGUAUUAAUUAAGCAAUUAAAGCAAAUACAUGGAUAUGCCUUGGGGUGAAGAUAUUAGCAGCUAUUGCCAAUUGGUCAAUUAAUGGUAUACUAGCUUCUGAAAUGCCAAUGCAUAGUAUAAAAAUAAGGUUUCCUUUUUAUAUCCAAUAUAUAAUUCCUUACAAUUCAGUUGUUGGAGAAUUCCAUUAUAGUGUCUUGUUUUUAAGACUUAACUUUUUUAUUGUGGAGGAAGUAUACAUCAUUCCAAAAAAAGGAGACCAAAAGUAAGGCGGGAAUCUUACAAAAAUAAAGUAUUGUUGAUUGUAUGUGAAGAAAGCUAUUGGUCGCACAUGUUUUGAAAAUCCUUAUUGUGUAACAAUAGGGAUAGGAACCAAACAUCUUGACAGAAGAUGUGCAAAGAAUCCAGAAUCUGGAUAAGAUGGGACAUGAGUACAAAACUGUCACAAGUUUGACCAAGUUUUAUUCAAUGAAUACUGGUGCAUUGUCAUGUUCCAGAAUAUUAAUUGUAUUGGAGCCAUGAAAUGGCCACCACGUGUGUAUAUAAAUAAUGCAUGUAAAUUGUGAAGGAUAUAAAGUAAUUAAUACUUUUUUCUGUUCUGUAUGUAAAAUUUCUUCAAGAUUCAAUGUCCACUUGCCUACUACAGGGCUGAUCAACUUUUACUAUCUAUCUGCAUUUUUAGGUAGUAUAGCUAGCUUUCCCAGGGGCAUUGCUUUUUAAAAGUCUGUUUUUAAUUUGCAUAUGUACCAUUUCAGUUAAAUCACACCAGGCAUUAAACUAUGCAAAUGGUAGUGAAAGAAGAGUUACUUUCAGUACAGAUGAAAUGCUCAUGUCUUCCCUUAAAAUCAGAACAUUUUGGACGAGAUCGGUCUUUCAGUUGACAUAUGAAAAAUUUACUAUUAUAUAUACGAGUUUGUAAAUGUUGGCAAUCGUUCUACCAGAAGGUAGGUUUUGAAAGAUACGAAAAGUCUGGAGGCAAGAGUAUGGAUCUGUAUAUAAAAAACCUCGAGUUAAUAAUUGUGUUUGUUGAUGUAAUCAUUACAUUAAUUUGAGGGUCCUUUGUAACCAUGUAAUAUUUAUGAUGAUGUAAUGAUUGGUUUAAUAUAAUGUUUAGAGGCAAUCUGAAUUUCAUUCCAAGACUUUAAGACACCAAUGAAUAUUAUUGCUUGCCUGAUAUUUUUCAUAACAACCACAAACUCACUUGUCCUUUUAUACACGGAUCUGUGAAUUAUCAGAAAAUAAAGAAACAAGGAAAUUAUUUUUAGUUUCAUUGCUAGGUAUAUUUCUUGAUAUUGUUUUCAUCUAUGGUAUUUCUGUGGCAACAAAAGGGUAAUAGACUUGGCAUUUUUAGCAAAAUUAAAACUAAACAAAAAACUAUAUUUGAGAUUACAUGAGAUGCACAGGUGCACAAUGACUGAGUGCCUUUGCUAUGGGUGUCCUAGUCAGUGAAAGUAAAUGCUGUAAAGAAGGUAUAGAUUACUACUUACUUUAUACAGACUGAGUGCAAUACGUCACCAAUUGAUUUAUGUGAUUAAAAUGUUCAAUAGUAACUGCAUGGAAUGUAAGGUACCACAAGGUAAUUCAAAGGCUAUUUGCAACAGUGGUUUGUUGCCAAAUUUAGUCUCUUGUGUCAUUUGUGGAUAUUGGAAGAAAUUUAAUUGUUACAUUUAGAAAAUGGAAUAUGCAACAGAGUUGCAUCAUUACUGAAUAGAUGAUGAUUUGGUAAGGUUAUUGGAGUAGAAGAGUAUAGCAUUGAUGUGCAGUAAAGGAUAAUUUCAUGAAGAGCAUGGAAAAAUGAAAAGACUUCAAAAUCAUAGAUGUUUUGGAUGUGAGAGAGUAUUGUCUUCAAAUAAAAAAAAAAUCUCUGAAAUGUGAAUGUAGUGACUUUGUAUAAAUGUCAUCUUAAGUCACCUGUAGAAUAGAAGAAUGAUUUGUCUAUUUAAGAAUAUUUGUUUUCUUUGUUCACUUGUUUUAUAUGUAAUGAUUGCUGAAUAAUUGUUUCAACUAGAGAUACAGAAAGAAAGACUUUAAAAAAAAGUUAAGUCAUAAAUGCAUUCAGUCAAAAUUCGGAUUAAGCAUUUUCCAAAACAUUAACCUGUUUUUGAGGAACCUUGCUAUUCUGUUUAUAAUUUCUGUUCAUAAUUUUGAUAUGGUAUCCACAAUAUCAAUUAUAAAUAUAUAUAUACAUAUGUAUGCCUUUUACCUUAAUCAUGUAAAAAGAAACCAAUAAAGGUAGCCAAAAUUA